AGAAGAAAGGUUCAUAUUUGUCUGAAAACGCCUCCAGUGAGUGGAGGUGUUGGUCGUGGAGGACGAGGAAGAAAAAGAGGAAGAAGAGGUGGGACGGAACUGUGGCUACUGCUGUAUAGGAGACACUUAGGGGAGAGGUAACCAAAAGGAGAGAGAGAGGAAAACAAGAAACAUCUCUGUAUCCCCCACAAUGUUCAAGAAAGAAGAAUCUAUCAAAUUGGUCACCUGGAUAUGUAUGGCAUCAUGCAAUAAGAUGAUUGGGAUGUUGUUGGUGCUUUUCCCAGCCAUAUUCUUGGAGAUGACUCUUCUACCAAGGAGCCCUGGCAGGAAUGUAUUGUUGGUUGGGGGCUCCUCUCAGCGAUCAGUGGCUAGAAUGGAUGGGGAUGUCAUUAUUGGAGCUCUCUUCUCUGUUCACCAUCAGCCACCGGCAGAAAAGGUGCCUGAGAGGAAGUGUGGGGAGAUAAGGGAGCAGUAUGGCAUCCAGAGAGUGGAGGCCAUGUUUCAUACAUUGGAUAAAAUUAACUCUGAUCCCAUUCUGCUGCCCAACAUCACUCUGGGCAGUGAGAUUAGGGAUUCCUGCUGGCAUUCAUCUGUUGCACUGGAGCAGAGUAUUGAGUUCAUUAGGGAUUCUCUGAUUUCUAUUCGUGAUGACAAGGAUGGGACCAAUCGAUGCCUGCCUGACAAUCCAUCUCACCACCCUGGCCGCACUAAAAAGCCCAUUGCAGGUGUGAUUGGUCCUGGUUCCAGCUCAGUGGCCAUACAAGUUCAGAACUUACUUCAGCUCUUUGACAUCCCCCAGAUUGCUUAUUCAGCCACAAGCAUUGACCUCAGUGACAAAACUUUGUACAAAUAUUUCUUGAGGGUAGUUCCUUCAGACACGUUGCAAGCCAGAGCUAUGCUUGACAUAGUCAAACGUUACAAUUGGACCUAUGUCUCCGCUGUCCACACAGAAGGAAACUAUGGGGAAAGUGGAAUGGAUGCUUUCAAAGAGCUGGCUGCCCAGGAAGGUCUAUGCAUUGCUCACUCAGACAAAAUCUAUAGCAAUUCUGGGGAGAAAAGCUUCGAUCGGCUUCUACGCAAGCUCCGAGAGAGACUACCCAAGGCCAGAGUGGUGGUUUGUUUCUGUGAAGGAAUGACAGUCAGAGGGCUCCUGAGUGCCAUGAAACGUCUGGGAGUGGUAGGAGAGUUCUUACUCAUCGGCAGUGAUGGCUGGGCAGACAGAGAUGAAGUCAUUGAAGGUUAUGAGGUCGAAGCCAAUGGAGGCAUCACCAUAAAGCUCCAGUCACCAGAGGUCAGGUCUUUCGAUGACUACUUCUUGAAACUAAGGUUGGACACCAACACUCGAAAUCCAUGGUUCCCUGAAUUCUGGCAACAUCGAUUCCAAUGUAGGCUUCCAGGACACCUUCUGGAAAACCCCAACUUUAAAAGGAUCUGCACAGGCAAUGAGAGUUUAGAAGAAAAUUAUGUCCAGGACAGCAAAAUGGGCUUUGUCAUCAAUGCUAUCUAUGCUAUGGCCCAUGGACUGCAGAAUAUGCACCAUGCUCUCUGUCCUGGACAUGUUGGUCUUUGCGAUGCUAUGAAACCCAUUGACGGCAGUAAGCUCUUGGACUUCCUCAUAAAAUCCUCCUUCAUUGGUGUAUCAGGAGAAGAGGUGUGGUUUGAUGAAAAAGGAGAUGCCCCUGGAAGGUAUGAUAUCAUGAAUCUUCAGUACACUGAUGCUAACCGGUAUGAUUAUGUCCACAUUGGGACCUGGCAUGAAGGGGUGCUGAAUAUUGAUGACUACAAAAUUCAAAUGAACAAAAGUGGCAUGGUACGGUCUGUGUGCAGUGAACCUUGUUUAAAGGGUCAGAUUAAGGUCAUCCGGAAAGGAGAGGUGAGCUGCUGUUGGAUCUGCACAGCAUGCAAGGAGAAUGAGUAUGUGCAAGAUGAAUUCACCUGCAAAGCAUGUGACCUUGGAUGGUGGCCAAACAGAGACCUCACUGGCUGUGAACCCAUCACUGUUCGCUAUCUUCAAUGGAGCAACAUAGAGUCUAUUGUAGCUGUGGUGUUCUCUUGCCUGGGCAUUCUGGUCACCUUGUUUGUCACCCUCAUCUUUGUUCUAUACCGGGACACUCCAGUGGUCAAAUCUUCCAGUCGAGAGCUUUGUUAUAUAAUCCUAGCUGGCAUUUUCCUUGGCUACGUGUGCCCCUUCACCCUCAUCGCCAAGCCCACCGUCACAUCAUGCUACCUCCAGCGCCUCCUGGUUGGACUCUCUUCUGCCAUGUGCUACUCUGCUUUGGUGACCAAAACCAACCGUAUCGCACGAAUCCUGGCUGGGAGCAAGAAGAAAAUAUGCACGAGGAAGCCCCGAUUCAUGAGCGCCUGGGCUCAAGUGAUCAUUGCCUCCAUCCUGAUUAGUGUGCAGCUAACAUUGGUGGUUACCCUGAUUGUCAUGGAGCCCCCCAUGCCUAUCCUGUCUUACCCCAGCAUCAAGGAAGUCUACUUGAUCUGCAACACCAGCAACCUGGGUGUGGUGGCCCCCGUGGGCUACAAUGGACUCCUCAUCAUGAGCUGCACCUACUAUGCCUUCAAGACCCGAAAUGUGCCCGCCAACUUCAAUGAGGCCAAGUACAUUGCUUUCACCAUGUACACCACAUGCAUCAUCUGGCUGGCUUUCGUUCCCAUCUACUUUGGGAGCAACUACAAGAUUAUCACUACCUGCUUCGCCGUGAGCCUCAGUGUGACAGUAGCACUGGGAUGCAUGUUCACACCCAAAAUGUACAUCAUCAUUGCUAAGCCUGAGAGGAACGUCCGCAGUGCCUUCACCACCUCGGAUGUAGUACGCAUGCACGUCGGGGAUGGCAAGCUGCCCUGCCGUUCCAAUACUUUCCUCAGCAUUUUCCGGAGAAAGAAGCCAGGGGCAGGGAAUGCAAAUUCUAAUGGCAAGUCUGUGUCAUGGUCUGAACCAGGUGGAAGAGAGGUGCCCAAGGGACAGCACAUGUGGCACCGUCUGUCUGUACACGUGAAGAGCAACGAGACAGCUUGCAACCAGACAGCGGUGAUCAAGCCCCUCACUAAAAGUUACCAAGGCUCGGGCAAGAGCCUGACUUUUUCAGAUAUCAGCACCAAGACCCUGUACAACGUGGUGGAGGAAGAGGAGAGCGAGCCACCCGUGCGCUUUAGCCCAGCCUGCAGCCCUUCAAGGCUGGUGCAUCGGCGGGUGACCCCCGCCACUCCUCCCCUCCCAGCCCACGUGGUGGUGGACGAGCCCCACUUGUUCCUGAACGAGCCGGCUACCUCCCGAGGCCUGCCGGCGCCGCUGCAGCAGCCGCCACCCCUACCAGAGCCCCAGCCCCAGCCCCAGGAGCUCUUGCUUCUGGACCAGCUGCAGGGCGUGGCCAGCAUCCCGGAUUUCAACAACUUCAAUGCGGUGCUGGUGGGCCCUGGGAUCCCGGGCAACGGGGGACGGCCCCUCUACCAGCUCCCGGCCCCGCAGCCUCCGCCUCUGCCGCUGCCGCAGCAGCAAGUGCUGCCCCUGCAGCUGAGCACCUUCAGCGACGAGCCUAUCUCGCCCCCGGCCGACGAGGGGGACAGCGAGCGAUUCCAGCUCCUCCAGGAGUACAUAUACGAGCAAAGGGGUGACACGGAGGAAGAUGAGCUGGAGGACGAGGAGGAUGAGGAAGAGCAGGAGGAAGGGGGGCUCCGAGCCACAGGCAAACUGACCCCUGACGCCUCCCCUGCCCUGACGCCUCCGUCGCCCUUCCGAGACUCGGUGGCCUCGGGCAGCUCGGUGCCCAGCUCGCCCGUGUCCGAGUCUGUGCUCUGCACCCCUCCAAAUGUGACCUACGCCUCGGUCAUCCUGAGGGACUAUAAGCAAAGCUCAUCCACCCUGUAGGGGGAGGCAGCUGAGGGUCAGUCACAGGAGCAAGGGGAGCUGAAGAGGCUGGGAGAAACAA